AUGGUGCUGCCCACUGUCAUCUAUCUCGUUAAAGUCACCGCCUGGGCCUGGCGCAUCAUAUUCAUCAAUCUGAGCAACCGCAAGAAUGGUGGGCUGCGACCUGACGACAUCAUUGCCAGCAGCGUAGGCCCCCCACACCUGCUGCUGGCCUACCGACUGGCCAUGCUGGGCUGGUCGCUGUUCAUCGGUGUGCGGCAGGUGGUGCAGAAGGGCAGGAGGGUGUUUGUGUUCUACACAGUGUGGAACUGGUGGCUGCUCACCGCCUUCUUUGCGCUCGGCAGCGCGGCCAGCCUGGCUGCCUGGCGGCGGCGCGCGCGCCAGCGCCGACGCGCGCACGGCGCCGCGCAGCCGUCCCGGGGCGUGGACUGGCUGGGCAACGCCACCCUGGCCACAUUCUGCGUGGUGACGCCGAUGGCUCUGCUGGUAGAUGUCAUGACCUGGCUGGUGCUGGUACCCAUGCUGGAGAGGGAGGAGGGGGAGCCUCAGCGCGCCGCCUACUGGCGUGCCGUGUACCACAACUUUGAGUCGUACAACAUGUCUCUGGCUGUCGACUUUCUUACCUGGCUGGUGCUGGUGCCCAUGCUCAUGGACAACCCGGAUGCCGCCCACACGCGAUUCUGGCGGCAGCGCCUGUACUGCUUUGAGAGCUACAAUCAACACGGCUUCAAUGCGGUGAUGGUGCUGGGAGAGCUGCUGCUGAACCGCAUCCCAGUCGACUUCUACUCAUCCGGCUACCUGGCGCUGUGGAGCAGCCUGUUUGGCGUCUGGUCCGCCGUCUUCUACCUCAACACAGGCCGCUUCAUCUACCCCUUCCUAGAUGCCCACAAGCCGUACGCUUGGGCCGCCUACCUCGGCCUCUUUGCGGUACACUUGGCGGCGUACCUCACAGUCAUGGGCCUGACCAAGGCCAAGCAGCGCCUGCUCCUGAAGGGUGGGAGCGCAACGGCGGAGACGCCAGCCUCCCCCUGUACGGGCCCAGGCAGCAGCGGCAGCAGGCCGGCGCAGAGGCAGUACAUGCUGAGGAGCCGCGUGGCAGCUUCUCUGCCAGCCACCCUGGAGCUGGGCACGCAGAAGCUGCAGUGA